GUAGCGUCCGGAAACGUUCCGGUUGCCACGACAACGGCGUCGUUCCUUGCGGGCGGGGCCGAGCUAGCGGCGCGGCGCAUCCUGUGCGGGCCCGGAGCCGCCCUUUCCCCUCCGGCCAGGGCCCCGGGCAGCCCCCCCGCCCGGCCCGGCCCCCCAAUGCCGCGGAAGGCGCUGGUCUGCGCCCUGGAGCUGGAGCUCUGCUCGAUAACUUGCCCUGGAGUAUUGCUGAAAGACAAAAGUGAGCUCUAUCUCAGCGCCUGUGUAUUUGGACAGUACAAAAGGACUCAAUGUGUCCCUGCAGCAUUUCCACUCUUCUUAGAAGAGAAACUAGUAUUUGAAAAGGUAUUUACUGAUGUAGUUGAUCCUGGAGAACUUGUUGAGCUACUUGAAUUUGACACAGCAGUACUUGAACUAAUACAACUUGUUCCUCCAGUGGGAGAAAUUUUAGCCACUUAUGAAGAAAAUACAAGAGAUUUCCUGUUCCCUGACCCUAAGCUUACUCGUGGGCACCAUGGUUCAGAUCGUGAAGUUUUAAUGAAGCGGUCUUCUAGUUUUACAGGAAUUGCACCAAAAUUGAGAUUUUCUACCAGCUCCCUUAUUACAGAAAGCCUGUUAAGUUCAGGAAGGAUUCAUGUACAGGAUAAUUUGGAUCGGGUGCAUCAUUCAACACCAAAUGGAAGAUUACAAACAAGGUCACCAAAGAAAAACACCCCUUCACCUGAGAAAAACAGGCACUGCUUAGCAACAAAGAACUAUGAGCAGCCCACAAUAGCUUCUAAAUCACGAUCUCCAUCUCCAUACACAAAAAGACGAAUGUGUGAGCUAUCAGAAGAAGCCAGACAACGACUGGCCCAUUUAAAUCUGGGGCCUUUUGAAUUCAGAAGAGAAACCGAUAAACCUCCAUUUGUAGUUAGACAUAUUGAACAUCCGAGCCCCACUGUUGAUGUUCAUACUUGGCAUCCCACCAGAGACAGUGGACGAGAAGGUUGGUCCAGGGUAUCUUAUGAUCCUUCUCUUCUUGGCAGCUAUAGACCCAAGCUUACUAAAAUUAUCAGGUCUCAUCAUGGGAAAGACUUAGAUGGCUCUUCUGACAGCUGUGAUGAGCACCCGAUGUCGGGUACUGCUAGUAGGCAAUUUCGUUCUACUAGUUCAUUAAUACGUUCAGCACCCUCCUCGUUGCAGAAACAUUCCUCAAGUCCUGUACUCAACCGUUCUUCUCUUAGAGAAAGAUUUAACUCUGGUUGGUCUACACCAGCAAAUGGAGAAGAGAUCCAUAAACGAGUGAAAAACAUUUUAAGGACACACAGUGCUAGGCAAAGGCUAACAUUUGAUGAGAGUAACUCAUCGAAAGGAGACUCAAGUAAGACAAGAGACAUUUCAUGUAAAGACUCAUUAUGUGGCAGUGAACUACAGAGCAGUUCAUCGGCUCAGCAGAACACCACCGUUCACUUGGAUAAUGGUGAAUAUUGGUCCAACCGUGCAGCUGUGUAUAAAGGAAAACCCCACAGAGCUAUCUUUGAAGACAGCCUGGAGAAAAUAUACAGAAACAUGUACAAAAAAGCUUGUGGCACCAUUUCAAAAAGAAAAAUACCCUCCUGAUAACAAUACAACCAGAAGUGUACAGUGCACAAGGUUACUAUUUUUAAUGAGAAUUAUUUUUGUGUAACAAAUAUUUGUAUUCUAUUUUUUAACAUGGAAUGUUCACUGGGAAGAACUCUUCUGGGCUAGUGGGGCUUUGAGGCUGGGACCCCAAAAGCAAAAUUUUAAAAUAAAAAGAAAAUGCGAAACAAUUAAAGUUAAGCAGGCGCAUUGUUCCCUUAAGAAGCUAGGAUGGUGCUAUUUCACCCCCCCCCCUUUGUCCUUUUCAGUUCUGAAGCAGGCGCUGAGUAAAGUGGAUGCUCCUAUCAGUCAUCAGUGCAGGCUUUGAUUGCAGCCAACUCGGUUUCAGUUAUUAGCAAUUUAAAUAUAAGUGGUUGAAAGUGAAACCUGCCCCAGUGUUUAAACAGCUAGUGAGAUGAUCAUAGUACAAGACUAUCUGUUUGGAGGGAUUUUUUUAGAAGGAUAAUGUCUGCUCAUUCCAGGUCUAGAAAUGGAGAAGGGAAAAAUUCUGAUACAGUAGUAACCCUGUAGCUGUGUUGAAAGUGUUUCUCAGCACUCUCAGCCAGGAAAUUUCUAUUACUGGUAAGCUCUUUUGAAAAUAACUAUCUAUAUAUUGUAAGAAAACAUCUCUUCUUCAUGCAUCCCAAUGUAACGAUGUCUAAAAGUUUCCAGGAUCACUUUCGGAGCUCAUCGGCUAGAGCCAGAUGCCCCAUGCAAGCAUUAUGAAGUCCCUGCAUCACAAUCCCACCACAUUUGGAGCCCAUCCUUACUAGCCUGCUGGGGAUGUAUUGGCAGAAAUUGCAUCUUUUCGUUAAAGGCCACCAAAUGUUCGGCAGUAGUUGGAUGCUUUCCCAGGAGAAGGAACCUUUUCAGCCUCACAGUGAACAGCUCCCACAUUAACAGACCAGGGCAAGCUGCCCAUCUGAGUGAUUUAAAAGGGCAAGCAUGUCCAUCUCCCGCUUGUUUCUCCCAUUUCAAAAGGAAAUGUGUAUCCUGGCGCAUUCGCUACAGAAGCAGGCAGCUGGGACAGAUUCAGUUACACUAGUGCCAUCUUAUAUCUUGCUUUUGGACAAAGCUAGUUGUACAGAUGGCAGAAAUCUAGGACUGUAACCUGCCAACAUACGGGGAUGGACUAAAUGUUGGCCUACUCCAAUCCGUGCUUUAAUACUAAGAUAACCUAACUGAUUUAAGGAAGCAGCCAGCGAACGAGUAAGUCAGGUGCAGAUCACAUUGAAAGGCUGUGCAUCGCAGCUUCGGGAAAGGGGGCUUUUGAAGGAAAUGUACUGAAUACAGGCAUUUCUGCUCCUGGUAACAGCUAAACCAAUGGCUGGAUUAACAACUCCAUGUUCCUGGCCUUGCAGUGCUUUAGAUUUUCAGAGUGCAAAACAAAAAUUAACCAGUUAUUUAACCCUCACAACCUCCUAUAAUGUAGAGAAGUAUUAGUAAGUCACUUUUUAGAGAUGGACAUGUACAGCACAGACUUAUCCAAAGCUUGGUACUCACCAGCACAGCAGGGUUGAGAAUGUACAAGUUUCUGGAUCCUAGCCCUGUGCUCAUCCAUUAAACCGGGCUGUUUUUCUGUGGCUCCGGUUCCUAUUGGUCUGUACUACAAUAGUUUUGUAAUAGAUAAAAAUGACCAAUGAAAAGAUGGCAGGAAGAACUGGGAAGACCACUUACGCAUCAUGAAAAGCCAAGGCAGAAUUUGAUUGGCUCUCUGCCAGCAUGUGACCUAGAGUUACCCAACCAAAAUCUACAUUGCAAGUGCAGGUUGAAAUGAUUUCCUGAUGUGAAGGAGCACUCCGCCAUGAGUCCUGUCUUCCUGCCCAUGCAGUCAACCCCUCCUUGUUCAGUAUUCCCUCCUGGCCUGACCCCAGUGUCAUAGCUGAGUGAAAACUGUAAGCAUGCACUUUACUACUGUUCAGGUAACCAGAGCAAAGCUGGUGUUUGCCCUAGGCAUGCUAGACCUGCAGGACAUGAAGCAUGUGCUGUGUAUGCACACGCUCGGUGUGCCUCACCUUGACUGCUCCCUGUUGUCUAAAAAAUUUUAGCAGCCGCAAGCAUCCUUCACAGUCUCAGCAGGACAGGUGUAAUUGUGGUGUAGGGACUAAGAAUAUUUAGGAUAUCACCUCCUAUCCUCUGUUUUGCACCUUGGCCCAUUCUCUCUCUAUAGGAAGGGGUAGCUCAGUGGUUUGAGCAUUGGCCUGCUAAACCCAGGGUUGUGAGUUCAGUCCUUGAGGGGGCCAUUUAGGGAUCGGGGGCAAAAAUCUGACUGGGGAUUGGUCCUGCCUUGAGCAGGGGGGUGGACUAGAUGACCUCCUGUGGUCCCUUCUAACCCUGAUAUUCUGUGAUAUAGGAGUGCUAUUCACCACUACCCAUCUCUGGUGAUUCAGCCAAUUAGUUACUAAUUUGAGCCCAAUUAGUUAAACACAUGGGAGGUGCUGAACAUAGAGGUGCCAUCUCCUUGUGUGUGAGACUGGAGACCCCCAGCCCCACAUGUGCAGCCAGAAAAUCAAGGAAUGGGGGAAGACAGGAGAGAGACCCACCAUGAGAAGCCAGGAUAAUGAGUUGGAGCAUAGAAAGAAAGUGUGGGCUAAAGGGGCAGGAGUUUGGUGGGAAAGACGAGGCUGUAAUUUAAGUUCCAUUUUAGCCUGAUUGACAGGUGGCAAUCCUGGUUCUUUAAAUUUGUGGGGAACUUACAGGCUUGCUUAGUCUGGGCUUCCUUUAGGAAGAACGGGAGAGGAAAUGAAGCGUUCAUAUUUGAAUUUUGCUGGAUAGGAAUAUUCUCCAUAUGAAGUUUUGCUAUAUAACGUAACGUGUGCUAUAAAUUGAAUGGCUACCCUUUAGCCCUGCUCCUAUUGUGUGUAGAUGUUUUGCCUCUUAGAAUCAGCUAGUAUCAUCAGUAUCCGCUAACCACCUCUCUGAUAGCAGGAUUGUGCUUGUAAUAUGUACACCUUGAUAUAGCUGAGGGUUUUCUUCCAAAGCCUGUAUUGGAAUCCAGUUCUGUUGUUAGGGGAAAACGUGUAUGCGAAAUGUGACUUAAGAGUCAAGCCACACAGCUCUGUCCCUCUGAAAUCUGCAAGCCAUUUUUAAAACAAGUGUUUGGCCCCCUCCCCUGUUUGUGUGCUUGGCUAACCUUCUAUUAAUAUGCAUAUAGCUCAAGUGCAGAGAAGACUGAUUCUCCUCUGCUACUGCCGUGUGCGAUAAGUAUAGUCUCAGGCAGUGAACCAACAUAGUAAUAAACUGUGAUUGUUUAGUGCACCUUGCCUUCUAAUACAAUUUAAAUCCUUUCUAUCAAAUGCAAAUUUCUAGGUUCCUGAGCAGAGCUUUAAAUAGCAUUUUCUUGCUCAGUCCUUAUCUUUUGCCAUCCACAAAGUGGUGUGUUAGUGACAGUAGGAUGGCAUAAUUCCACCACCACCAUUUUACCUGCCUACUCAAAUCUAGAAAUAAUGGGAGAGAUUGAGAGAAUUAGAGUUUAUUGCAUCAGUCUUUUUUUCCUCCCCUGGACUGUCAUAGCCCGGGAGUAUUCUAACCAGACAUUAUUUGCCUUUUUGGUAUUGUGUGUGACACAAAAUGUAAUCAGCGUAAUAUUUUAAUCACUUUUCUUUUAAUAAGUCAAACUGAGGCUACUUUUGUCUCAAUUCCCACUGGGGCAGAAACUUGGUUUGCGCAAACACAAACUGUACAAACACUGGGGCUCAAUCACAAGUCAGGCUCUUUGCUAAAUAGCAGUCACUUUAAAAAUCCCUCAGCAUUGCCCUGUAGUGAUUAAGAGGUGGAAGUGUCAAGCUCUUUAAGGAUCAGCAUUAUCUAGCUUCCCAGCUAGAAGGAUAGAAGCCUCAGUCUGGUCCCUUGAGAAUGUCAGAUGGAGCGGACGAUGUGGAACGCCUCGGGUAAUGAAGACACUGAGAAUUUUUAGGCUCAAAAUUUGAACUUCUUUCAACUCAUUUGAUGAGGAAAGUGCUCCAGGUUCUCUGUACUGUAUGUGGUUUGGGUUUUUAUAGACUAGCUCUUCAAGAUUUCUUCACCUGAAGUUUUCAGUGAGUCACCAGAAAACUAAGAAAUCUGUUAAAAGAAGCUAGUCUUCUUUGAGGUGUGUCCCUAUGGGUGCCUCACUUCAGGUGCACAUGCACCUGUGCCUCUGAUCGGAGAUUUUUGGUAGCAGUGCCCAUUCAGACUUCGCCUGCGCCCUACACAUCCACAUGCCCCAUUCUGAGGCUAUAUAGGGCUGUGUGAGUGCAGCGCCUUCGGUCCUUUCUCACCCACCUUCCCUUUACAAGCUCCUGGCCAUAUUGCAGACUUCUACUUCAGCACAGGUGGCCCUGCCAAUUAAUGAUGCUCUCCUUGAGCCAGCCCAGACCAUCUGGAAAACUCCAGCAGUGGAACCCCCUACGUGCAAGUAUGCCAAUAAAAAAUAGAAUCCCUGGCUGGGGACAUAGUGAGUUUUUGUUUUCACAAGGAGAUGUGCCCCAGUGGUUUGGCCUGCUAAACCCAAGGUUGUGAGUUCAAUCCUUGAGGGGGCCAUUUAGGGAUCUGGGGCAAAAAGUUGGUCCUGCUAGUGAAGGCAGGGGACUGGACUCGAUGACCUUUCAAGGUCCCUUCCAGUUCUAUGAGAUAGGUAUAUCUGGCACCAAAUUCUCUAGUCGUGGACACAGUUAAUGAAAGGGGGAGUCAGCGUAUUUCUAAAGCUACCCCGUAUAACAAGGACCAGAAGUGGCUGGAGUUUUUUGGUCAUAAAAGCUACUCUUUGGCAACAUUACAGUUUGGGAUUGUGAGUCACCAAACACUGAUGUUGAAAUGUAACUACCUGAAUUAUGAGACGUUUAAUGCUUUCAUUGACCAUUUACCGAGAUCCGUAUAGUGCCAUAAUAAAGGAGGGUUAGCUCGUGGCAAAGACAUCUUUGCAGGCUUUACUUGAUGUGGGUGACACUGCAGCCAGGUCUAUUUCCACUGCAAUAGUGAUAUGCGGACUCCACAGACAGCUCACUUCAUUCCCUAAAUGACUCUAGGUCUACGCUUAGGUUCCUGGAGAUAUACAUGCCUGCAAAUAAAAAGAAAUUCAGCAGGACUCAAUCCGUGCAAAGAUCCCAUCCUGCUUAAUGUUCCGCCCUCCGUAGACCAUCUGAACCGCCGGCUAAGAGGUCAAGAUUUUCUAAAAAGGAGCCAGUGACUAACUUGAAUACUUCAUCCGAGCCGAUCAUCAUUUCCCAAACUUCACUUUUGAGGGUUUAGCCGAGAGUUUGAACCACCUGAUAGGGUUUCUCGGCUACACUAUUCCACCCCUUUCCCUUAUUUUGGACACUGUCUCUCGCUAUACCAAUAGGUUACUGUCUCCCAUGCAUCAGACAAAUAGGUAUCAGCCGCUGUUACUUCUGGUUAUAUGAUCCAAUUUAUCUCCAUCCUGCCCUCCCACCUGCCUUUUCCUUCUCCCUUCAGGGACCUUCUCAUGAUCAAUUGCUGACACAAGAUCACAUCACUGUGAAGUCAAAGGGCUAUAAAACCAGUUCCACUUCAACAUAAAGGACAAGGGCUUUGUCAAAGGUAUAUUCCGUUACCCAAGGAAAACGGGUUGGAGGCCAAAAGUAGAUCUCAAACAAUUGAUUAAGUACAUCAGACAUUCAGAAUGAUUUCCCUAGCAGCUAUAAUUUCCUCCCCCAAGUCCAGGGACUGGUUUGCAACUCUUGACCUCAAAGAUGCUUACUUAUGUCGUGCAAUUCAUCCCUCUUUCAAAAGAUUUCUUCAUUUCAUAGUCGAUCACUACCAAUUCCUACCCUUCAGCCAUUCUUCCACCUCAAUGAUUUUCUCAAAAAUAACGGUGAUUGUAGCCGCCUGCCUCCAUCGUCUAGGAAUAAGUCUGUCUGUACCUCGGCGACUGGCUCCUCAAAGGGUGGUCUUAUCAGGAGGUGUUGUCAGCAAUUCAAACAACAAUUUAAAUUUUCCACAGUGUAGACUGUGGAAAUAAAUAUUGAGAAAUCGGCCUUGACCCCUAUACUGCGUAUAUUUUUUAUAGCAAUGUUCCUGGGUUCGAUGACGAGCAAGUCUCCAGACGGGUUUUUUGCUCUAUUCAAAGAAUGCAGUUCAGGCCUCACAUACCAGCUAGAACAUGGCUGCAACUUGUGGGUCAUCUGGUAGCUUCCGUUUUCGUAACAUAGAACACCAGGUUACAUCUUCAGUAUGUCCAGGAGUGACUCAGAACAGCAUCUAUAUCCAACAAACAGUCUGAAACUAUACUCAGCCGUUCACCUCGUGGAAGGAUCCUUGCGCAAGAAUCCUGUUCAUCCAGCAUCCUCCUAUGGUCAUGAUAACAUCAGACUCUUCUCUCUUGGGAUGGGGAGCACACUUGGAUCCUCAUGUAUCCCAAGGCAAACGGUCACAACAAGAAUAGUGCUUGCACAUCAAUCUGCUAGAAUUGAGGGCGGUCAGAAAUGUUUGCCUCUACUUUCUUCCCCUAAUCAAAAACAAGUCAAUCAAGAUCAUGAUGGACAACAUAGCUUGUAUAUAUUAUAUUAUUUGUCAGCAGGGAGUGUGUCCCCCCUCGCUCUGCACCAAAGCGAUAAAGAUUUGGAAUUGGUAAAUAGUCAAUCAGAUAGUCAUUUCAGCUUCUUACUUCCCAGGUAUACAAAACACCAUGGCAAAUGAUGUCAGCAGACAUUUUACCCUAAAUUGCGAAUGGGAGUUGGACUUGUGAGUCUCUACAAAAUAUUCCUAAUUUGGGGGUUUCCAGAGGUUGACUUUUGCACCACUGCAGCCAACACAGAGUGCAAAAAAAUCUGCUCCAGAAGAGGACUCAAGCCUUUAUCUCUAGCAGCCACCUUUCUCAUUACAUGAACAAAGGGUCUUAUUGAUGCUUAUCCACUGAUUCCACUGCUUUUAAAGGUUUCAACACGAUCAAGCAGGACCAAGCCAGGGUCAUUUUGAUUGCACCAACUUGGCCAAGGCAGGUUUGGCUUCCUUACCUCAUCGAACUCACCUCUUGCCCUCAGUUCUCAACUAUUGUCUCAGAAUGCAGGUCAAACACUUCACCCCAAUCUGAAUGUUCUGCAACUCCAGGCACGGUUCCUCAAUGAUUCUUGGAAUUAGGGGUGUCCUGUUUAUCAGGAGUACAACGUGUACUGUUAAAUAGCAGGAAAAAAUCUACAACAUGCACUUACCUCCAGAAAUGGAGAAGAUAUCAUCUUUGGUAUAACUACUUUCAUCACUCACCUGUCCAGUCAUCUCUUUCCACAGUCUUGUAUUUACCUGUUGGAACUGAAGAUAUCAGAUCUAUCUGAGAGUUCCAUCAAGGUUCACUUAGAAUUAAUAACAACUUUCCACUCACCAGUAGAAGGUUUCUCAGUUUUCACAUAUCUAACCACAAGGAGGUUCCUGAAAGGUCUUAUGAAACUUGUUCUGUAAAUUAGAGAUCUGUUCUGCUUUAGGAUCUCAGUCUUGUCCUUAACUGUCUCAUGAAACAGACCUUUGAGCCGCCAGCUACAUUCUCUCUGUUACAUUUGCCUAUGAAGAUGUCCUGUUUGGUGGCCAUCACUUUUGCUCGAAGGGUUGGGAAGAUUGGGGCUCUAAUGGCAGGCCCUCCAUUUACUGUCUUCUCCAGGGAGAAGGUAUCAUUACAACCCCAUCCAAAACUUUUACCUAAGGUUUCUUCUGAGUUUCACAUUAACCAGAUUAUUCACUUUCCAGUUUUCUUUCCUAAGCUGCAUAAGAUAAUACCCAAAGCCACCUUCCAUACACUAGAUGUUAAAGGGGCAUUCACCUUUUACUUGGACAAAACUGAACCAUGAACCAUUCAGGAAGUCCCCUAGACUUUUGCCAUUAUUGCAGACAGGCCUGGGGGAUCCACCAUCUCCAUGCAGCGACUCUAAAUGGAUCUCUGAAUGUAUUCUUACCUGUUACAGUUUGGCUGAUGUUCAACCUCCGCUACAAGUGACUGCACAUUCUACUCAGUCACAGUCUACAACUGUAGCCCAACUUGAGGUCGUUUCAGUUGUGGAAAUCUGCAGCGCUGCAAUGUGGACCUCAGUACUUGCUUUUCCCAACCAUUAGGCUUUGGGUCAUGCUGUAAGAUCAGAUUCUACAUAGACAACACAGUCCUUUCUCAGUGCUGCACUCUCUUAUGAACCUUCUGCUUCCUUAAGGGGCUACGGCUAGGAAGUCACCUGAAGUGGAGCACCCAUAAGACACUACUCGAUGAAGGAGAAGAAGUUACUCACCAUGUGCAGUAACUAGAGUUCUUAGAGAUGUGUGUCCCUGUGGGAGCUCCACUAAUCACCCUCCUGCUUCAGAGAUUCCUUUGUGGGACUUUGUAGUACAGAAGGAACAGAGGGCGGUUUGCCCACUCAGCCCUAUAUAGGCUUGGUCACAGGGCGCAUGCGUGGGAUGAACGGGCACUUCUCUGAUAAAGGCACAGAGCGCAUUCGGACCUGAAAUGGAGCACCCCGGGGACGCAUCUCCAAGAACUCAGACACUGCACAAGGUGAGUAACCUCUCCUUGUGGUUAAGUUAUAGAACUGGGAACAAGAAGACUCGGGAAGUCUGUGGUGAAUCACUCUGCCUUUUUGUGCCUUUGUUACCCUAUCCAUAAAAUAGGGAGACUAUACCUCUCCUACACAGGGAAAAGUGCUUAAAGAUCCUGAGAGAGAAUUUGUUACAGAAGCGAUUUAUUCCUAAAAAAAUAACCUCACCAAGUCCCAUCUACUAUUCAAUAAAAAGGGCUUUACUGUAGAUUUCCCAAUUUCUUACUUUUUUUUAUCAUGUAACUGUCAAAAUUUAAACAAGCACUAUUCCUGUUGAGAUGGGAGUCUGAUGUUAAAUCUGACAGAGUCCAUUGAGAAAGAGAAUAUACAACUCUGACAGCUUGUGGCUUAGAGUCUAAUCAUUAUAAUAAAAAUCCUAGCCAACCUCAUUGGUUUAGGUCUUGAUCCUGCAUGUCUAAUCCUGCAUUGUUCCUACUGGAGUCUCUUCUACUCUAUACAGGUUCUUAUACUUCAUCUGUGUUUAUACAUGUAUGCAUACGUAUGCUGUGCUAUUAAUUUAUCUUAGUAGAGUCAAGGUCCAAAUGUGCCUUGCACUUAGAGUGGAAGGUGGUGAGUCAUUCUAUCACUAUAUAAUCUUCGUCUUCCUAAAUCCUAAACUUGAUGUUAUUUUAGCAACAUUGAACUGUGCAAAGCAAAAUUUUGCUAGUUGCCUCAGUAUAUAAAUACUAUAAUUUAAUAGAGUCUUUGGACCAUGUGAAGUCUAACAGCUGUCUUAAUUAUGACAGUGUGAGUUUACUUGUCUGAUUAAGAGAAUGAUAAAAUUUAUCAGAGAUUAUUAUUGAGAAGAUUUAAAAAUUGGAAUUAGUUGUGGAGUGUGACAAGGACUUUUGAGCUUUUUUUUUCCUCUAAAAAGUUUAUGGGGAAAACCCUGAAACUUUAGAAGUCAGUGACCAAUCCAUUCUACAGCAAUAAAACCACUAGAAGCCAGCCUUUGGGUAUGACUUGAAUUAACUACCUCAUUGACAGAGAUGAUGCAGUAAAGAGGGAAGUCUUUUUAGAUCAAGUCCUAUGUCCCAUAACAAACAAAUUGGUAUUCUAGGAAAAGAUCACUAAGGUCUUCCAAUAAUUCCUAUUUCUGUCAUGUAGGGGGGUCGAACACAAACCAUCAUCAGUGGUCACCACUAGAACAUCUUGAUCCCAAUCUUUUAAAAAAAAAGAAGAGGGGGCGGAUUGUGGCUCUGAAAGUGUUGACUGUUGUCACCACAGAUUGAAAAAAGAGACAAGGAAACUCUUGCUCUCACUCCCCUUUCUCCGCACCCUAAUCACCUACCACCCUUGUAGUUUCAUGUGCUUGCUUUGUGAGGGAAAACUAUUCUGAAAUCCAGGAUAAUUUUCUGGAUGAAAACCUGUAGGAAAUUUAAACCUUACCUUUGGCAUAUCAACUUCGGAGGUCAUGCAAGCUUUCUGCUGGGGAUUCCCAUCCAGUCAGGAUGGUUGGUUUUGAUCUAACAGAGCUGUGGCACCUAGCCAUCUGAAACCACUUUCCCCACGAUGCUCCAUUAUGACGGCUGCUAUCAGCUGAGCUACUCUUGCUAUGGUCCCUAGCUUUGAAAACUUUUAGGCCUAGAGGCCGACAUGUUUUGGUGGAGAGUCUUUGAUUGUAGAACUUUCUCUCUUUGUUCCUCAGAGUUUACCACCUUUCAGGGCAUAGGGUGAGCUGCUGUUCUUUGGUCAGGCUUUUACUUAACUCUGUGGAAUUGCUGGGGAGGUUUUUCUUAGGAUGGGUUGGGGUGACACAAAAGAAGGAGAUCUUUGUUCAGUCUGUUGGGGGCAGUUUAAUGUGCCGCUUUCCAUAUGCAUCAACGCACCCAGAUGCCAUGGAUGAGGGGUUUAUAAAACAGUCAUUUAAAUAAAUCGUUUGAAAGUAACACAGCCAAUAUCCACUUCUCCGAACUUCUGUAGAUUGGAUGCUUAUGUUUAGAUCAUUAAACCAACUGGAAUUUUUGGACUUUGAGCUCCAUGUGUUCUUUCAAAGGCGAUAGCUCUGUGAACCGGUUCAUUCAGCACUCCAGUAGUAAACACUUGACAGAAGGUUGCUUUCCCUGCCUGCCUUGUUUUCACCACAAUCAUGGAGUGUUUACAUACAUUUUAGCCUCUGUGCCAUUUUUUGAAGGCUUUAUUUGUCUCAUUUACGUUUUUGGUUUGGAUAAUACUUAAAUAUGAAAUCCAUCUGUGAAGCAUAUUGUAUAUGCACGUUGAAGGGUAAAACCAAUUUUUAAUUAAAAUUGUAUACAGCGCUUGUA